CUUCCUUUUUGUGUUUUGCUGUGUGAGUGUGUGUUUGACUCGUGUAUUCUGGAUUUUUUUUCUGUUUCAUUGUUUCUAAUUGAUUUUGUGUUCCAAAAAUGCCUGGUUUCAAGAAUAAAGCUUUGAUUAUCGAUGGUCGUGGUCAUCUUCUUGGUCGACUUGCUUCUAUCGUUGCAAAAUCAUUGUUGCAAGGACAAAAAAUUAUUGUUGUCCGUUGUGAAGGAAUCAACAUUUCGGGUAGCUUUUACCGAAAUAAACUCAAAUAUUUGGCAUUUUUACGUAAAAAAUGUAAUGUAAAUCCUGCACGUGGUCCAUAUCAUUUCCGUGCACCAUCGAAAAUUUUCUGGCGUGUCGUUCGUGGUAUGUUGCCGCAUAAAACUAAACGUGGUGAUUUGGCACUCGAACGUCUUCGUGUAUGUGAAGGUAUACCGCCACCGUUCGAUAAGAAAAAACGUCUGGUUGUUCCAGCUGCAUUGCGAAUUCUUCGUUUGAAUCCACGCCGUAAAUAUUGUUCAGUGGGCCGAUUAUCGCAUGAAGUUGGUUGGAAAUAUCAAAAAGUUAUCGAAACAUUGGAAAUGAAACGCAAGGCUAAAGCCAGUUUACAUCAUAAUCGAAAAAUGACCGAAUCAAAACUUCGUUUGCAAGCCAAGAAAAUGGUAGCCGAUAGAACAACGGCUUUACGUGAAGUGAUCACUUCUUAUGGUUAUGAAGUUUAAUUAAUGAAUGAAUGACGAUUUUUUCAUUUUUUAACAAAUAAAAAAUAAAAUUUUUUUCAAA